AUGGUAGGAGGAAGAAGAAGAUUAGGGAAGAGAGGAAGCCCUUGGUUGAGAUGGAGUGCGAAACAAGAAAGCUUCAGCCAUGGAUUCUCACAAUCUGACCUCCAAGCUCUCUCUGCCAUUUGCGACGCUAUUAUGCCCCCUGUUCCAUUAGAGAGUUUAAAUCUUGAGAUGAAGUUGAAGGUUUUACGCAACGAUGCACUCUUAUCUUUCUUCAAAUCUUCUACUUCUGAGUCUCAUGUUCGACCAGAUGAGGUGGCAGAGCUACUGGCGACCAAGGCAAUACCAUUGACAGUUUUAGUGGUGAGAAUAGUUUUGAGGAUACUCACAUUCAGACUGGGGACGUUACUGCUUUGCGGGUUAGUCUGUCUUGAUAUGAAGAAUUGGCCUUUCCUUCUCAAAUUCUCUGAAAUGUCCCUGGAGAAGAGGGAAAAGGUUCUACAGAGAUGGAACACACAGUGGUAUAACCCACUUGCCAGAAUCGGUUUUAUGAUGAUCAAAGCCAUCUUCUUGUUCUACUACUUCACAUGGACGAAUGAAAAUACAGAAAACCCAGCAUGGGAUGCAAUUAAUUAUAGAGUGGAAAUAGGUGAAAACGAGGGCAUGGAACAAAAGGAAAGACCUCUAGAUCAAGGGAUCAUCGAGACUGCAAAAGAAGAUGAGAUGACCAUCAAGCAACGUAUGAUCAACAAAGGCCUUAAAGUCACAGAAGACAGAGAUAGCGACACUUACAAGAUCGAGUGUGAUGCAGUGGUAGUGGGUUCUGGUUGUGGCGGAGGAGUUGCAGCUGCAAUCCUAGCAAAGUCGGGCCUUAGGGUGGUAGUUAUUGAGAAAGGGAACUACUUUGUCCCCAGAGACUACUCGGCUCUCGAGGGUCCUUCCAUGUUUGAGCUGUUUGAGUCCAAUAGCUUGUUGAUGACUCAUGAUGGCAGGUUCCGGUUCAUGGCAGGAUCAACUGUCGGUGGUGGCUCUGUUGUAAACUGGGCGGCGUCCUUAAAAACACCUGACGCUAUCAUCGAAGAAUGGUCAGUGCAUCGAGGGAUUUCAGUAUAUUCUAGUGAGAAAUACAAGGCGGCGAUGGAUAGAGUCUUAAAGAGGUUAGGUGUCACUGAAAAAAUCAACAGCGAAGGGUUUCAGAACCGGAUUCUGCGGAAAGGUUGCGAGAAGCUUGGUUUGGAUGUGACAAUAGUGCCAAGGAAUUCAACAGAGAAACAUAAUUGCGGUAGUUGCUCGUUUGGAUGCCCAACCGGAGAGAAAAGAGGGACAGAUUCAACCUGGCUGGUUGAUGCAGUUAACAACAAUGCUGUGAUCCUAACACAGUGCAAGGCUGAGAAACUGAUCUUGGCAGAUAACAAUGCUCACCAAAGAGAGGAGAGCGGACGAAGAAAAAGAUGUUUGGGAGUCACAGCUUCUCUAUCCAACCGAACCAGAAAGAAACUUCAGAUCAAUGCCAAAGUGACAAUUGUGGCUUGCGGUUCACUUAAGACACCAGGACUGUUGGCUUCAAGCGGGUUGAAGAAUCCAAACAUUGGUCGCGGUCUCCAUAUCCACCCUAUUCUGAUGGCUUGGGGCUACUUCCCAGAAAGAAAUUCAGACUUCCAAGGAGCGGCUCAUGAGGGAGAGAUCGUGACUUCAUUACAUUAUGUGCAUCCAAUGGAGGACUCCACCACACCUAACAUCACACUGGAGACUCCUGCUAUAGGGCCAGGUACGUUUGCAGCUCUCGCCCCGUGGGUCUCUGGGCCAGACAUGAAGGAGAGAUUGGCCAAAUACGCAAGAACAUCUCAUAUUUUUGUCAUGGUGAGAGAUGAAGGAGUUGGAGAGGUGAAAGGAGACAUUGUCAAAUACAGAUUAACCAAAGCGGACGAAGAGAAUCUGACAACCGGGUUAAAGCAAGCACUGAGGAUCUUAGUAGCAGCAGGAGCAGCGGAGGUGGGCACAUACAGGAGCGACGGGCAGAGAAUGAAGUGUAGUGGAAUCAAACAAGAAGAUGUAGAGGCGUUUUUACAAGCCGUAAACGCGCCAGCUGGAGUAGUGUCGAUGAGUAAGCAUUGGACACAGUCCUUUACAGCGCAUCAAAUGGGAUGUUGCCGUAUGGGUGCAACGGAAAAGGCAGGAGCUAUUGAUGGAAAAGGAGAGAGUUGGGAGGCAGAAGAUUUGUAUGUAUGUGAUGCAAGUGUUCUGCCUACAGCUCUUGGUGUUAAUCCUAUGAUCACCGUUCAGUCCACUGCUUACUGCAUAUCCAACAGAAUAGCCGAGUUAAUGAAGAAGAAAAAGAAAGACUGAUAAAAUGUGUGUCAAAAGUUUCAAGCUUUGUUUUUAUUUUACUGUUAUGAAUAAAAAGAAGCAGCCUUUAUAUAAUAGAUUAGCACUUUGAAGAUGCUGGUAUCGAAAACAUAAGAGAGAGAUCCAAUGUGCUGAAGAA